AUGCACCCAGUGUGGUCACUGCAGGACCAGCCCAGCCUGGGCACUGCCUGUGAUUCAAGGUUGCCAGACUUCUCCAAAGUGAGGGCACACAGAGGGCCCUCAGCUGGCAGGUUCUUCGCCUGCUUUCCCAGCAGUCCUUGUGUUACAAGUGUAUUCCCUAACCAGCUAUGCAGACAGAGCUACACUACCAUCUCCAAGGUGAAGUUUGUCAUGGUGGUGAAUCCCUCCAACACAGCUCUUCGAGACAAUGAAAUCCACAGGAUGUUCUGGAAGCUGCACAACUCCUACAUAGAUGUGAUGUGCAACCCCUUCUGUAACCCGAGGACAAUAUCCAGUCCAGGGACUGAUAACAUGGUGAUGUCUAUGAUGAUACAGGUCUGCUGA